AUGAAUUAUGAAGAUAAAAUUAACAUUGCAAUUGAAGAAGACAUAGAUGAAGAACUUGAGGAUGAAAUCGAAACAGAGAUGGAGAUUGAACUUUCUGAUCUUGUUAGGCAACUGAUGGAAGCAGCUAAGAUCAUUAAGGAGAAAGCCCAUGUGGAUGAUACACGAUACACAACUGUUGAAGAAAUGUUGGCAACAUUCCUCAUCAUUGUAGGGCACAACGAUCGUUAUUGUAACGUUCGUGAAAGGUUUGGUCGUUCGCAUUUUGCUGCUAGUCAGAACUUCAACAAAAUCUUGAGAGCAUUGAAUACCAUAGCACCGGACAUGAUGGUUAAGCCGACUGGCGCAAUACCCGCUAAAAUUCGAGAAAGUACCAGAUUUUAUCCUUACUUCAAGGAUUAUAUCGGGGCUAUAGAUGGCACUCAUAUCCCGGCCAUGAUAAGAGGUAAAGACGUGAGCUGUUAUCGUAACCGUCAUGGGGUGAAUUCGCAAAAUGUUUUGGCAGCUUGCAACUUUGAUUUGCAGUUCAUCUAUGUGCUUAGUGGAUGGGAAGGCUCAGCCCAUGAUUCCAAAAUUUUAAGUGAUGCAUUGUCUAGACCAAAUGGAUUCCACGUGGCGCAAGUUAAAUAUUUUCUAGUAGAUUGUGGAUUUGCUAAUCGUCGUCAGUUUUUGGCUCCGUUACGUGGCGUUCGAUAUCAUCUCAAAGAUUUCGGUGGUGACGGUCCUCAUCCAAGAAAUGCAGAUGAGUUGUUCAAUCUUCGACACGCAUCAUUGCGAAACGUGAUUGAACGAAUUUUUGGAAUCUUCAAAUCACGUUUCACAAUUUUCAAAACAGCUCAUCCGUUCCCAUUUCAAACACAAGCAGAGUUAGUUUUGGCUUGUGCUGGAUUGCAUAACUUUCUCCGAAAUGAGUGUCGUUCUGAUGAAUUUCCAGUCGAGGUUGAAGAAGGAAAUAUUGCACCAGAUGUUGAGAACGAUACAGACAUUUUGGAAUAUCUUUCUCAAAGCCAACUGUCCCAGCGAAAUGAAGCGAAUAUAUGGAGAACAAAUAUUGCUAAUGCUAUGUGGCAAAAUAGACAAAUAUCUGAAACCGAUCAAGACGGUCAGGCGGAGACCGAAGAUAAUAUUUAG